AUGACCAAGAUCAAGAACUCCGUCUCGAGCUCGCGCCGCAAGUCGCGGAAGGCGCACUUCGGUGCGCCGAGCAGCGUGCGCCGCGUUAUCAUGUCGGCGCCGCUCAGCAAGGAGCUCCGCGAGAAGCACAAUGUGCGAAGCAUCCCGGUCCGAAAAGACGACGAGAUCAUGAUCGUGCGCGGAACACACAAGGGCCGUGAGGGCAAAGUCUCCUCCGUCUACCGCCUCAAGUACUGCAUCCACGUCAAUGGAGUUGUCCGUGAGAAGAGCAACGGCCAGUCCGUCCCUAUCCCGAUCGCCGCCUCGAAAGUCGUCGUCACGAAGCUCAAGCUCGACAAGGACCGUGAAAACAUUCUGGAGCGGAUAAGCCAGGGCCGGGAGCUGGUGAAGAAAAGGUCGCAGGCAUAA